AUGCGGUGGUGCUGCGGGCCGGCUGGGCCCGCUACGCCCCUGCUGGAGGCCCCACCUCAGGCCCUCAUCGAUGCUUUUGGGCCAAUGAGUAUUCGUCCACAUAAUACGGCGCUAGUGAUCAGCGAAGGUGAGGCAGAAGGUGCAUUUUUGGAACGUCUUCGUGGUCUUGGUUGGUCCAUUAACGUAUCACCAGUCUCACAAGCCACUUGCUCAAUCCAGCAGUUACGUCCAAUUCUUCUAUUGCUCGACAACCGCAUUCCCGAAUUACCAGCACUAUCCAGGAAUUUACAUUCGCACACCACUGAGGACGUUUUCUUCGUCGUUAUUGCUGAUAGGCCAUUAGGCGAGAAAAGACGAAAGGCUUUGGCGCAAGCUGAGAUUAUCCAUGCAGUGCAAUGGUCCUCCCGAGAUACAUCGUUGGUGGAGUUCGUCGCCCGUCUCGCUAACCGAAUUCGUGUUAUGCCAGCAUUGUUCGCCGUCCUGGAUGAGGCUGACCAAGCUGUUGAGGUAUGCGACGAGUCGAAAGUUGUGCAAUACGUAAAUCGUGCGUACGAGAGUGUUACAGGAUGCCUUCGAGGAGAAGUUGUUGGGCAACCGGAAUCGGAUAUGCGACGGAAAUCGUUACCAAGACCAAGGGAUGAUAUUAUGAUGGAACGACGUCGUAGCAGUGAUUGGAAAUGUAUCCGAGUUCCAACCAGCUCACAUAACAAUCAAUACGUGUACAUGAAAAGACGGAGUACUGACACAACAAUGUAUCGUGACGUCUCAUUGAAGAGCAUUCGCUCACAAACUGGACUAGUUGAAGCUCCUAUAUCCGAGGUUCUUUCUUUGUUACGGGAUGCAGCUGGACGGGUGGAAGGUGAUGCUGCGCAACUUGUAAAGGACGCUGUCAAGGUCCUCUCUGCACAUGAACUCUACGCUCCAUCGAUUACUCGUUUUCGUGAUAAUGAUAGAAUAGCGACACAAUAUUACGAUGGCCUUAUUCGGCUACAUCAUCCCUCGAGACAGCGGAAGAGAAGCGUUGUGGACGCAUACCGAGACAAAAAAGUAGUAAUAGGCUCACAUGGCGAACGACGACGAGUCUCGGCGGAUGUGAAAAAUGCGUUAGAAAACGACACCGAUUGGACAUAUGAUAUUUUACAAUUGGAAAAAGUCACAGAACAUCAUGCACUAACACAAUUAGGAGUUAAAAUCUUUGAUCGCUGGAAGGUGGCUGAUGCGCUUAGCUGCAAUGAAGACCUACUGCACCGAUGGCUCUGCACUAUUGAAGCACAUUAUCAUUCAGGAAAUGCUUAUCACAACGCCACCCAUGCUGCCGACGUACUACAGGCUACAUCAUAUUUUCUGGAUUCACCUGCCGUAGCCGCUCACGUUUCGGAAAAUCAUGCUGUUGCAGCGAUCCUUGCCGCCGCUGUUCACGACCUCGAUCAUCCAGGCCGCGGAAAUGCUUUCCUUAUCAACACUCGACAAUCCCUGGCGGUAUUAUACAACGAUCACUCAGUGCUCGAGAAUCACCACGUAGCGCUCGCUUUCCAAUUAACUUUACAACAGAACAGCAAUGUAAACAUCUUCUCAAAUUUAUCGCGUGAAGAAUUCACAGCGAUGCGCCACGCUAUGGUUGAGAUGGUAUUAGCAACGGAUAUUAGUAGGCAUUUCGAAUAUCUCGUUAAAUUCAGCAAGAUGAACCUUGUGGAUGUACCAGAUGAUGCAAGGGAUGGAAACUCGUUGAUAAUUUGUAAUAUGUUGGUAAAAUGUGCCGAUAUCUCGAAUCCGACUCGAGAAUGGUCACUUUGUCAAAAAUGGGCCUAUAGGAUUGUUGAGGAAUACUUCGAUCAGACUAGAGAAGAACGUGAAAAAGGGCUACCAGUUACCAUGGAAGUGUUCGAUCGUAAGACAUGUAAUGUACCAAUGACGCAAUGUGGAUUCAUAGAUAUGUUCGUUCGAGAAGCAUUUGUUUCAUUUUCGGAAUUCGCAAGUUUGGAGCAUCUAUCCACACAGCUCGAAGCCAACUAUGAGCAAUGGAAAGGCCAAUCGUCAUCAUGGACACCGGCCAACAACCUAGCCUUGCACAUCUGA